UUCACUUGCCCUUCCAGUCUUUAACAGGGGUCACCCAAUUAUCGGAUAUGAUCUGGAGACUCGUGGUCUUCUGGGGUGUCUGCUGUCUUUUUGUAGCAGCUGGGGUCAGUAGAAGUGUCCCAGAGAGCACCGUGGCUUUCCGCAGGGCACUGGCACGCGCACGUCCUAGAAGAGACGGCAGCGGCACUGCCAAGCCCGCGCAAGGACCCUCGUUCACCCCUUGUCGGCUGCCACUCAGUCCAUCCGAGCACCAAGUCCUGGAUGACAAUACGCAUGAGACAGGUUUUAAUGGUGAUGAUGGCUCGUAUGUCAUCUUGACCUGGGUUGGUGAUGGCACAGGAGUCAUCUUGGUGCUAUCAACAAUUAACGCCCCUAUUGACUCUUUUACUGGAGGAGGCUCCUCACGUCUUUACAGAAGCACUGAUUAUGGAAAGUCCUUCCAUGACAUCUCCCAUCAAAUCAAUCACACAUUUAUCCGAGAGGAGUUUGGAGUAAGUGUUGGACCAGGAAGUUCAGUGAUUUUGACAGCAGAUAUCCCGGUGGUGGACCAUCCUGGAGGAAUAAUCUUUACCUCCACAGAUGCCGGAGAAACUUUUGCCUUCAUCCAGUUGCCCUUUCACUUGGCUGAGCCAAUCACAUACCACUUCUUGAACCACGACUACCUCGUUGCUCUCAGCAUUGAUGGCGGACUGUGGCUCUCGUUGGACUUUGGUGCCCAGUGGACAAAAGUACAUGAUGGAGUGCAUUCUUUUGCCUGGGGGGCCGGCAUUAACCUGUUCUUCAGCUGCAGUAAAGUAGAUACAGUUGAUGCAGAGGAAAGGGGAGAUUUACAGCUAAAGAGGACUCAAGAUCUGGGAAAGACAUUUACCACAAUCCAUGAGGAUGUCUUCAGUUUUGGAUACAUAGGAGCCUUUCUUUUCUUCUCUGUGAUGGAGGAUUCAAGAUCUCCACGUGUAAUGUAUUGCUCAUCAGACCAAGGAGAAACCUUCAGCCAUGCACUGCUUCCCUCUGCAUCCACUGAGCAGUUCUACUCAAUCGAUGGUGAUGAAGACAUGAUAUUUAUGCAUGUGGACAACCCUGGAGAUACAUAUUUUGGAACUAUGUACACAUCAGACGAUCGUGGGAUUGUGUAUUCCAAAUCACUGGACAGACAUUUGUUUGAUGGUCAGCGGAAAAGUGACUUCACCAACAUCACUUCAUUAAGAGGAGCCUACCUCACGAACAGACUGGAUGAAGAUGGCCGUAUAAGAUCUGUCAUUUCCUUUAACAGAGGAUUAACAUGGAGACCCUUGAGCAAACCCGAAAAUGUGAACUGUGGAGAAAAAGUGAAAAAAUGUAAUCUUCAUAUUCACGGAGAGCAUAGCCGUGAUGACCGCCUAGUUCCUAUGCUUGCUCUGUCAGAACCAAGUGCUAUUGGCCUUAUCAUCGCUCAUGGUUCUGUUGGGGACUCUCUGUCCUCCUCACAACGUCCAGAUGUGUUUGUGUCUUCAGAUGGGGGUUAUACCUGGAGAGGCACUUUGAAGGGGCCCCAUCACUACAGCAUACUGGACUCAGGAGGACUCAUUGUGGCAGUGGAGGCCCUGCACAAUGAACAAGUCAAAACUAUCAAGUUUUCCACUGAUGAAGGACAGUGCUGGAAGUACUAUAACUUUACAGAGCAGGCAUUCUUUUUUGCCGGUCUUGCAUCUGAACCAGGAACAAAAGCCCUGAGCGUCAGUGUGUGGGGUUUCAGGCCUGAGGAGGAUGGGCAGCCCAUGUGGGUGGCCGUCACCAUUGAUUUUGAGAGUCUUAUUACAAAAGAGUGUAAAAGUCAGGACUAUGAGCUAUGGCUGGCUCAUGCAACACAAGGAGAGGGAACGGACAGAGCUGGUUGUGUCCUGGGCCUAAAGGAGACCUACAGAAGGCUCAAGAAGCAGUCUCUGUGCAGAAACGGAAGAGCAUAUGUAGUUAGCAAGAAACAGAGUCCCUGUUUAUGUACAAGAGAGGACUUCAUAUGUGAUUAUGGUUUUUACCGCCACGUGAAUACGUCUGAGUGCCUGAGACAACCUCAUUUUGUCAAUAAAACUUUGGAGGUUUGUCUAAAUGGAGAAGAGGAUGAGCUGCUGACAGUGGGAUAUCGCAAGGUCCCAAGUGACAAGUGCGAGGGGGGAUUUACUCCACAAAAUGCAGUUGAGACAAUUAUCCGACCCUGCAGUGUGAAGACGAGUCCUGGUCCACCAGACAAACCAAUGUCUCCAGUUUCACACUUUGACACUCCGAAGGAGAGGCUAGUUUUGAUUCUAGUCUGUGUCGGUGCUGCUUCUAUUGUUAUGAUAGCCAUUGCAUCUGCUGUCUUCACUGUUAGAAGAAUGGUGUACAAAACCAGGACACCGGAAUACCGUUUUUCAAACCUCCAGAUUCAGCAUGAAGAUACAUUUACAACAAGAGAUCUGGAAAGCAGCACUAGCAGCAAUGGAAACGCAGGUCCCCAAGGCUCAGACAUUGUACGUACAGUAACUUAUUGCUUUCCUUCUCUUUAUCUUUGCCACUAUGUUCAUAUUUACCACUACAUUUCUUACAUUCUUUUGACAGGAUCUUAUUGA